AUGAAUGAUGUCGUAAAACUCUUUGGGAAUAGGCAAAUUCCAGAUGGUGCUCUUGUAAAAACUAUGGUCUUGUUUUGUAUUCUCGAGUGCCUUUCAAAAUCAAUUAUCUACUGGAUUAGACCCAUUUUUGAAACUACCUUGAUGAUUGAAAUCGAGUCUAUUUUGUUCAAAAGCUGCAUUUGCCUGGAUUUUGAAAAGUUCUUUGAAAAUGGGCCCGCAUUAAAUUGCGCCAAAAUAUACCGGCAUUCAGCAGCAAUUAAAGAAAGUGCAAGCAUGCUUGUGUUCGAUCUGCUUGGAAGUGCUGUGGGGCUGUGCUCGUCGGCAUCGUACUUAUAUGGAAUAAUGGAACCUGAAAUACUUGGGAGGUUACUGGCGUGUCUUGCACUUGCCACUUGCAUCGAGGUAGUACUUUUCAGAAAAUUGAAGUUGCUAAAGGAAGAGUGUGUCAAAAUUGAUGAAACUAGAGCGGAAGAAAUGACAGAGUGCUUUGAAAAUUUUUUCAUAUCAAAAGUCACAAACACAAACGAGCAUGCUAGAAUGAGCAGACUCUUUACGUCGGAUGCACUCCUGAGAUACUCGAUUUUAACAGGAUUGCUGAAACUACAAAAUCAACUGACGACCUGUGCAAUCAAUUCAUACAUACUUUUGUGCAGCAAUGCUGCAAGGUCCGUGCCAAUUUCAGCAAUCAGGGAACUCUUUAAUGUCUCAAAGUCUCUGCGUAAUUUAGUUGACAGCUUCUUUGAGCUAGAAUCGAUGAGAAUUGAGGUUGAGGACCUUGAAGACAUAAGCAUCACGGCAUCAAGUGGCAAACACCAUCUGAUGCCUAAAGACAGCGGUUGCAUUCGAGCAAUGCCCCAAGGUCGAAGCGAUAAUGGUGUGGUUGAAAAAUCACCAGUACUGCUUCCAAUACACCUGCAGCCUGGGAUCCCAUCCAAGGCUUUUGUCAGGCUGGCUGGCUUGACAAUAUUCAUACAAAGGAUUCCAAUAUUGGCCGUUCCACACCUUGAAAUUUUAUGCAACCAGAAAAUAGCCCUUGUUGGAAAAAAUGGAAGUGGAAAAACAACGUUUCUAAAAUUUUUCCUUGGAUUUUUUAAGUUCAACGGCAGUGUUGAGGUAGAAAAUGCCCCGGUUUUCAAUAUUUCUGAAAGGUUUCUUCCAAUAAUCUCAUACAUUCCACAAAACACAUACCUUAAUGGCACCGUCUAUGAUGAGCUAAGAGAAAACAUCCAAUCAGACGAGGAAAUGAUAAAGAUUUCAAAAAUUUUUGGUGCCCACGACUUUAUUAAGACGAUACCGACAAAGUACUGGACUUCUGUUUCGAAGCUAAGUGAAAGCGAGAGGCAAAUGGUUAAAAUAAUCAAGAACUGCUCAAAGAAAGCCAUGCUGCUACUUGCAGACGAACCUAUGUACUGUCUAGCAGACGAGGUACAGGACAAGGCACUUGAUACCAUCCUCUCAAGUCCUAACCAUUCAACAAAAUUGAUUGUAAUACACCACAAAAGUCAAAUUAAUAAGUUUGAUAAGGUUUUGUACUUUGAAAAUCAAAAAAUUUUGGCUUUCACGCCCGCGGAAUAUUUUGAGUACAUCAAAAAGAAAGACAACAGUCUCUAA